CUCCAUUCGGUGACAAUGCAAAACUAUGAUGACGAGACGACAACGCCUCAUAUGAUAAGCCCGAAAAGAAGGAAACUUGGAACACAUGCCGACAGCGAUGGCGCCACCGUCAAGCUGCACGUUCCAGCCGUAACAAUCAAGAUGGCCGCCGCCAACUCGAGUUUAUCUAGUGAAAUUCCAGCCAAGAAAGAAGAUGAAUUUAACGAAUUUUACACGGAAGUCAAAGAGAUCGAAAAACGUGACUCAGUUCUCACUCCCAAACAACAAAUAGACAGACUACUUCGACCUGGUUCCUCGUAUUUCAAUCUCAAUCCUUUUGAAGUAUUGCAAAUUGAUCCAGCUACUACUAUAGAUGAAGUCAAAAAGAAGUACCGGCGGAUGUCCAUUCUUGUUCAUCCAGAUAAAAAUCAAGAUGAUGCUGAAAGAGCCCAGCAAGCUUUUGAAAUUGUCAACAAAGCAUGGAAGACUUUGGAAAACGAGGAGACGAGAGCAAAAUGUAUGGAUGUAAUAGAAGAAGCCAAAGCUCGGACGGAUCAUAUGAUCACCGAAAAAAAGAAGAAAUUAAAAAAAGAAGGAAAAGACAGUGUUGGAGUCAAUUCCCUAGAAGAAGAGACCGAAGAAGGUUACACGCAUGCUGUGUGGGUCAUGACAAUGAAAUUAUUCGCAGAUAUGGAGCGUAGAAGACGGGAAUUAGCAACAAGAGAUGCCGAACAACGUAAACGAAAACGCGAGGAGGAACUAUCGGCAGAAGCGCAAGCGGCAAUGGAGAAGGAGUGGCAGCGCAAUUUCGAGGAAUCGAGACAAUCCAGGGUCGACAGUUGGAAAGCUUUUCAAUCGGGUUCGGGCAAUGCGACGAAACAGAAAAAGCCGAAAAAAAUGAAGGCGUUUAGGCCUCCUAAGACAAAGGCUGAAUCGCGAUAAUGCAGUUGUAAAUGUGAUUUUUGAACUUUUCCAUUUAAACUGUGUGUCUCAGCGUGAGCGUGUGUAUGUGUCUGACGAGUGAAUAACCAAAAUCAUGCAACAAGACGAUUAUAACGUGGAACAAAGAAAUGGAACAAAAGCAAACGAAAUCAUACCGAAAAUGUUUUUUUUUUUUUCGGGAAUCUGCGUUCUACAGAAAUUAAGAAAAGGAGGGAAAAAGCGGAAACGAAUAUCUGAAAUGUGUAUAUUUAUAUAUAUCAUGUGAACAAACACAGAAUUCAAUUGCUGUGUUUGUUUAUCCCAAGAUGUACACAAUGCACAAUUGUUGGAUACUUUUACGUAAUCGGUAUAAAAUUUUUUCCUGAUUCUAAACAUGUCAAAAUCUGUGAAACGUCAUUGUCGAAGCAAUCCAAAGGUUUGAGAAUAAACAAAAAAAUUUAAAGAUGAUAGAUCACAUUAUAGAAUCGAUUUGAUCAAAUUUUCACAAAAAAUUCUGUGAAUUAUUGUGGCUCAAUUGAAAUUAACAUACACUUCUAUCGGUACUUCUGUACCGACGUGCGUUCGCUCUCAAAAACAACAAUUAUAUAAAGUUAUUUAUAAUAUUUUUCACCAUGUGUUCUUCGACACUCUCCUGCUAUUUGAAAAGUGGUCUGAUUUUUUUUGGAUAAAUAUUCAAUGAAAUUGUAACUUCCAUUGAGGAUAUUAUUUGCAAUAGAACAAUGAAAUUUUAUAAAAAUAACUCUGUUUGCUCCUCUGCCCUGACUUCUACACUAGCAGCCUAAAAGAAUUCCAGUCACGAAAGAAAAAAAGGGAAUUUUUUUGCUGAAAGUAUAUUAAAAAAGAUACGGAACAUCAGAAGAGUCAAUUUUCUUAUAUUCCACAAUUAAUCAAAUCUGUCUCGAUCGAAGUGUUGAAACUGGUCUAAAAACAUGUGUACGGUAGAAUCUUAAUAAGUUAAAAUUCUUUGAAGACUAAGAAAACGUCUCUUGCUAUCUAUGACGUCUCCGACGUGUCUCUAAAAUAACCUCUUUUCCACCUUUUUAACGUUUUUUUUUUACUUUACUUGCAAGGGUUCCACCGUACAAAUAUAUAUACACAUACGUGUCAUCUGUGUAUAUCCACAUAUAGACGAGACUUAGAAAGUGAAAAACAUGGAAAAUCAAUUUUUUUUUCAACGGGUCUCCAAUUAAUCUGCCCUUCGAGCAAAAAAUGUGAGAUACAGCAAGAAAGAGAAAGGAUCUAUAGCAAAUAAUUAGACUGCCGGUCGAUCUUUGUUGCAACCGCUAUAACAAAUUAAUAUUAAAAUGAGAAUGAAAAUUAGCGACGAAACGUAUCAUGUAAAACAAUUAAAUAUACGGCGGUGCGUGAUGAAUUUUUCUGACGAGCAGCCAUCCUCGGAGAACCGUAAUAAAACAACUAUAUAUGAUACAAUAUACUUUUUCUUUUAAAAUAUAUUUUGAAAAUAGAGGGGAAGAGAGGAAAACAUUAUGCGCUCAGGUUACGGUGCCCGAAACCACCGAAACUUGCUUGCCUAACGAUAGUUUUACCGCGGCGCUGACAUCGCAUCUAAACUACUAAAAUCAAACAUUUCAAGUGAAAAAUCCAGAUAUAAUCUUACUUAAAUAUAUAUUUUGCACCUUUCAAUUUAAAAAAUUCCCAUUAAUACUCUUAACUCGUAAUAAAAAAAAUUGACCCCAAUUAACUACUCUGAAUAUUCAUAGUUAUGUGAGCAUCGGAUAUACCAAUUUUUAUAUCUUAUAUUGUGCAAUACUAUGACUGAGUUACACACGCGAUGCACAGAUGCAAUCAACUUGUUUAAUAUCGUUAGAGGCAACGUUUCGUUUUAUUUAUCAUGUAUCCAUUUCUCAAAUGGCUAUUUAUCCAUUCGAGUUUGUUGCGUAGAGCCGGGAAUGCGCAUUAUACGCACAGAUUGUCCAUUACCAUCCGGAGUCGCACGUGACUCGAAUGCGCCCGUCGACUUUAUCAUUAUAUCCGUAAACAGACUAUAGCUUUGCUUCCUAGCCAGCUAUAGUGCGAGAAUUCCUAAAACAAGUUUUAUUCCUAUCGAUUCGGCAAUAAUAUUCAUAAUAUUUUUGUAUGAAAUGAAUCUGAUCGUCAUUAUACAAAUAAACUUUUCGAUUUCUCCUA